UGAUGAUAUAUACACGGAUCGUCCGUGUAUUUAUCAAAAUUUUGUGCAUAUUUGUUAUUUGCACAGACGAUCUGUGUCAAAGGAAUGCGUGUAUUUGUUAUUUGCACAGACGAUCUGUGUCAAAGGAAUGCGUGUAUUUGUUAGUUGCAAAGACGAUCUGUGUACAAGGGAAUGCGUGUAUUUGUUAGUUGCAAAGACGAUCUGUGUACAAGGGAAUGCGUGUAUUUGUUAGUUGCAAAGACGAUCUGUGUACAAGGGAAUGCGUGUAUUUGUUAGUUGCAAAGACGAUCUGUGUACAAGGGAAUGCGUGUAUGUGUUAGUUGCAAAGACGCUUAUAGGAUAUGAUACGGUGACGUCAUAACAUUCUUUUGGCGGUGAAUUUUUCAAAAUGGCGGACGAGCCAGUGGGUCCAUGUAAUGCGUUCCGCUUUCUAGGGUCAUUUUUUGCCUUUUUAGGGUAGAAAUCACGCCUAAAGUGACGAGAUAAAGCGGUCCUGGCUUCACUAGCAACCUGUGCGAUGAAGUUCUCUUGUGAGAAAACCAUCCCUGGCCUCAUGGGUGGCGUGUACCAUGCAGAUUCCUCAUUCCUGUGAGAAAGCGACGCUGGCAGCAUGGCCAAGCUUCGUAAUGCAGGCGCAGCCACUCAGUGUCCUUUCGGAAGAUGCGAUCCUGAUUGCUUUGCAGGCCGUGGCAGACAGAUUUCCUGUGAAAAAGCGACGCUGCCAGCAUGGCCAAGCUUCGUAAUGCAGGCGCAGCCACUCAGUGUCCUUUUGGAAGAUGCGAUCCUGAUUGCUUUGCAGGCCGUGGCAGACAGAUUUCCUGUGUAAAAGCGACGCUGCCAGCAUGGCCAAGCUUCGUAAUGCAGGUGCUGCCAUACUAAUUUCUGUGAGGAAUGCAAACCAGGCUUCGCGGGCAAAAAUUGAAUUAAAAUAAUUUUGAAAAUAUUUAUUAUUAAAUUAAUUAAUUAGAGCUGAAGAUAUUUGUGCUCAGAGAAAAUAUCUUGGCAUCAUGAAUAUAUCUGCGGCUAAAUACAAAACGGGGAUGGGCACGAAAUUCAAAGAGGAAAAUAUUUGCCUGUUGUUUUUCUAUUACCAAGCCGCCUGUGAACUGAGAACACUUUUGGCCCCCUCUCGGUCACUGGAGUCGCCAUAUUUUUCUACGACUGCUGCGCCAAUUGAAUAGAAAUGUCAAUUUUCGUUUUUAACCACCUAUGGUCUCCCUAUUCCACUGGAGUUGUUUUUUAUUUCAACUAAAGCUCCUAUAACUAGACAAAAAGUGUUAAAUUUCUUGUUGAAUCACUCAUGGUCCCCCUCUACUACUGGAGGUGCAAAUUUUUAGCGUCUGCAGUGCCAUUUAAACGUACCCUAUCGAAAACACUUCCAAUACCCCUCUGCGUAUGCAAAAUUAACCGUUGUUACACUCAAAACCACACUUGACCCCCUCUCCAAUACUGGAGUCGUGAAUUUAGCGACCCAAAUGGCCAAUCUAACAACUACAACCCCUUUUCAAAUCCUUACCACCUCAACUUCUCUCUCAACUCCUACUCUAAAGGGGGGGGGGGGCAAGUGUGCUGUUUUACCGAAUUUUCCUCAAUUUUACUGUCUUCUUUAAGGUUAGCCAUUUGCUGAUGCUGCAGUCGAUGUUGGGCAGAUUCUGCAAUGCAAAUAUCUGUGACAAAAUCUACCCUGGCUCCAAGGGCAGACAUGCAUUGAUACAUUUAUGAAUAUUUUUCUUCAUCAGUGACUCGUUUUGUAGCAACAUAUUAAUUUAUUAAAAAUUUCAGGUCCCUUGCUAAUUUCAACUUGAAUCAUCGGCUCGCGCUUAAAUGCAGAUUCCCUAAUGGAGAGCAAUGAUUGCGCUGUACUGUGAGAGCAGAGCGACACCGUGAGUGAUGUUCUGGCUGGCAAAGCAGAUUCCAGCGAGCAGAGCAAAAAGCAGAGCGUGAUGGGCAGUUCUUCUGCGACCUAAAUUAUCGGAAGAUCUUACAAGCAAGGCUGCCCCGUGUACUUUAAAACUGGCAUUACAAGUGACGACAAUGGAGUCAAAUACAUUUACAUCAAAGAAGGAAGAUUGGAUCCAAGCCUUCAUAACCACAAAUGUGAUGAACAUACUUUUGCGAAUUUGCCAGAAAACAGACGGCUGGAUGAUGAAGAAAAAUCCAACUACAAAAUGAUGAUUGUUGGACCUGUGAAUAGAACCAUCAGCAGAAACAUCAUUCAGAAGGAAACAGGGAAAAUGUUUUUGGCGAGAGACUUGGCUAACUUGAAGCAAAAAUUCAAAGUGGAACGGCUACAAAAAUACCAAGAAGUCCCAGAGGCAAACAGGGAGCUGGCAGAGGUAAUGGAGGUACUAUCGGAGCACGACAAAGCAGAUCCGGAUGGAUUUUAUGGCGUCAUGUGCAAUGACACAGAAGAGAUCAUCGGGUUCAUGAUCGUAACAAGCAGCAUGGUCAACAAUUUUGACAAAUUUCCUGAAGUUCUUCAGUUUGACUCAACAUACAAGAAGAACAGACUUGACAUGCCAAUAGUGUGCUAUUUGGUUGUGGAUGGCCAUGGAAAAGGAAGAGUAGUUGGAUACGCAGUGCUGCGUGACGAGAAGCUUGCAUCAGUUGAAGCAGCCCUUGAGUGCAUUAAAAGAGUGCACAAAAAAGCUGAAAGAGAAAUUAAAACUAUCCUGAUCGACAAAGCCAUGGUUGAAUUGGUUGCUGUGGAGCACAUAUUUCCUGAGGUGGCCAUCCAUAUCUGCCUCUUCCACUCGGCCAAACUGCUUCUUGAGCACGUUCGAUAUGCUCCAGCCGACGUCCGAGAAGAAGUGCAGCAAACCAUAGAACAACUGAUGUACAAGUCCCACACUAGGGCUGACUACGAAAAAUAUUAUGAACAGUUGAAGAACCUUCUUCCAGAUGAAUCGAAUGAAAUGAGAAGGUACUAUGAUGAAAAUUGGAAUAAGAUUGCUGACCAGUGGACUUCGUAUGGUCGAGCUAGGACCCUGAACUUUGGAACAAGAACCACAAACAUGGCAGAAAGCCACAAUGCUGUAAUCGGAAGAGUUCUGAAGAAGACUUCAACUCUUCUAGAGCUGAUAAGUAACUUGUUAGCCAUCUCUAAUGUGAGUACCAAUGAACAGGAGCACUUGAAACAUGUGCUCAGCUGCAAGGUUCCCUUGUACAAGGGAAACGACAAAUCCCUUGCGAGGAAGCUCCUGCAGGGAAAGGGAACAGAUUUUGUUAUUCACUUACUUGGCAAGCAAGAGACAUAUGCUUCUAAGCUGAAAGACGAGCAAUUGAUGAAAUACUCGAGCACUGUCAACGAAUGCAGGUGUCCAUUCAGAGGAAAUACUGGACUGCCUUGCAAGCACAUUAUGAAGUUAAGAAGUGACACAAAUAUGCCGCAAUUUGGCAUCGAGGACAUCGCACCCCGUUGGUUACUCAAGUACAACUGCGACACUUCGUCAGCAGUGGGCAAAGUAAAGGAUAGCCUUGUGAUCAAGACGCGAAAUCCGAGGAACAGAACGGAGGCAGAAAAAUAUAACAGCACCAUGCGCAUUGUGAAGCAAAUUGCAACUUGCUGCUCUACCCUCCCAGAGAAAGUGGCUGUGGAAGUGCAGAGAAAGAUGGAGCUGAUUCUCUCCUGCCUGCAAAAUGGAAAAGAUUUUCAAGUAGCAGUGACUGCAGGAGAAACUGAAAGGCAAGAAAUUGAACAAAGCAACCAGAGCGGGGAAAGCGAAAGAGAUCAAUUUGAAGAUCAAAUAGAAGAUGUCGAUCGGCUCACUACCCACGACGAGUUGGAGGCCUCCGACGAAUUAGUUGCAUCUCCAAUGGUGACUUCCACGCCGACGAAGAGAUGUACUGUCAUCAUAUCUCCUUCUGAAUUAGCAGCAGAACAUUUAGAUGACUUGAUUGAGCCAAGUGCUCCAACUACAUCACAAGGGUGUGAUGCGCAGAUCAGUGGUCAGGAGAUACAAAAGCAUAUCACUGAACGCCAUCAUGCACUUCUGCAAAAUUUAGAAGAUGAUGAUGAUUGGAGUGAUGAUUUUUUGAGACAGCUGGACGAAAUAGAGUCUACACAAGGGAGUAUAUCAGCAAAAGUGGAAGAAGAGAGAUGCCAAAGUCGUGAAAAAGCUGACACCAGACAUAAGACUGUCAAAGUGACAAAAGUUGGGGGAUUCCCGGUCGUACAGUUGGCCAAAGAGAAACCACUAUUAAGGCCAGCAACAACAGCAGUUGGAAGGCCCAAGUCUGACACCAGAUGGAAAGCUUUGACAAAGUAUAAAAAAGGAUAUGCUCCAGCUGAGUCUGACCCAGAUGAGCUACACAUCAAACUGCUGCGGCAAGAGGUACUACCUGCGCAAGCAAUAGAAGACCUUCUUGACGAAGAGUCCAUGAUCUCAGAUGAGGUGAUCGCAGUUUACCUUUCGAUAUUAAAAAAUGCCUACGGUCAGCAUGUGCAAGGAUUACACACCCCUGCAGUAAUGAAAGUUGAAGACUCGUCAUUGACAUUCAAUUACUCUGAUGAGAAGCCGUAUGUUCAAAUCCUCCACAGCGAGAAAAGAGAGCACUACGUGACAGUAGUGUUUGAUGGAAUGUCAUUUGAUUAUUUUGAUAGCAUGAAAACAACAAGAGACCAAAUCCCAGAAGAUAUCCUCAUUCAAAUGGGAUACAUUGCAAGGGAAGCGCGUGACAAAAGCGUCAUCAUCAGCAAGAAGAAUAUUGAGUACCAAAAAGGCUCAAAUAAUUGUGCCAUGUACGCUAUGGCCAUAGCAACUGAAUUCUGUGCAACAGGAGCUGUAGACAUCCAAAAGUGCUUUGCGAUGCCGAAACUUCGAAAGCACACCGCGAAUGUGAUUGCUGAAGGAAAAGCUUCAAUCUAUCCGAAAAGUACACAACCACGUAACAUCAAGAACACAGAAAAGAAGCAGGUUCUGGAUCUACUUUGCAUUUGUAGUUUGCCACAAGAGUAUGAUACAUGCACUAUGCAGUGCCAAGGAUGCGAGACUUGGUACCAUCCUAAGUGCAUCAAUCACCCAUUAGCAGACCAAGAUCAAAUGAAAGACUUGACCUUCACCGACAUUCCGAACUGGACGUGCCAAAAAUGCAAGGAAAAAAACGCCAUGUCUACAACACCAGUCAGAAAGACCGCUCAGUAAAUA